CGCAGACUGAGUAUGGGGACAAGUCUGCACUCUCAAGCACAGAGAUUUCUUUAUUCCACAGCUUUUCCCAUCUAAUGCUUUUCAUAUUGGCUGCAACUAUAGUGGAAGAGAUCACUUCUGUGAAGCACUGAUUUUUUUAGGAUUGCAUUUUUUUUUUACAUUUUUUCAACCAACAUCCUAAUAACACAUAUACUUUAUGUCACCUGGGUUAUCACUGCACAAUCCUUUUUUCUUCAAAUCCACUUUCUUUUAUGAAUACAAGGAUCACUCUGGAUUUGAAUCAGAGAGAGAACAAGUUUUUACCUUCCAUUCACUAGUGGAUACCUUGUGUCCUGAGCACCAAGGCUUACUAGCCAGCAUCCUUAGAUGAUGUCGGGGCCAGAAAGGAGGGGGGUGCUCCUGCUCAGCUGCUUUCUUAUAGUCUUUGGAUAUUCAGCGGCACAGCAGUUCUUCAACUCCGAGUCCAGGCAUGGAACGCAGGAUGCAAAGGACGGAACCAAUGGGGGUGUUGUGAGCAGGACCCGCAGGAGAGGAUCACAGUAUGCCCUGCACGGGCCAAACGUCUGUGGAUCUAGAUUUCAUUCAUACUGUUGCCCUGGGUGGAAAACACUCCCUGCAGGAAACCAAUGCAUUGUCCCAAUUUGUAGAAACAGUUGCGAUGAUGGAUUCUGUUCCCGUCCAAACAUGUGUACUUGUUCUAAUGGACAGGUUUCCCCAGCCUGUGUCUCUAAAACCGUCCCUCAAUGUAGCAUACGAUGCAUGAAUGGAGGAACGUGUGUUGAAGAUCAGUGUCGUUGUCAUAAAGGUUACAUUGGAGCACACUGUGGACAACCUGUCUGUGAAAAUGGCUGCCAGAAUGGAGGGCGUUGUAUCGGACCCAAUCGAUGCGCCUGUGUAUAUGGAUUUACUGGUCCUCAAUGUGAAAGAGACUAUAGAACAGGACCCUGCUUCACUCAAAUCAGCAAUCAGAUGUGUCAGGGUCAGGUGACUGGUAUUGUCUGCACAAAAACUCUCUGCUGUGCAACCAUUGGACGUGCCUGGGGACACCCUUGUGAGAUGUGCCCACCUCAACCACAACCCUGCCGCCGUGGCUUCAUCCCCAAUAUACGCAGUGGGGCUUGCCAAGAUGUUGAUGAAUGCCAAGCAAUCCCAGGCCUAUGCCAAGGAGGAAACUGCAUUAACACAGAUGGAUCUUACGAGUGCAGGUGUCCUGUUGGUCACAAGCAGAGUGAAACAUCACAGAAAUGUGAAGACAUUGACGAAUGUAGCAAUAUUCCUGGUAUUUGUAAUGGAGGAGAAUGUUCCAACACAAUUGGUAGCUAUUAUUGCAUCUGUCCACGUGGAUAUCUCACAUCUGUUGAUGGCUUGCACUGCAUUGAUCAGAGAUCUGGUAUAUGCUUCUCCAGCCUUGUAAAUGGACAUUGUGCACAAGAGCUUACAGGAAGAUUUACAAAAAUGCAGUGCUGUUGUGAAGCUGGUCGUUGCUGGGCUCUAGGCUCCAUACCCGAGUUGUGUCCAGUCAGAGGCUCUGAUGAAUACAGAAGACAGUGUAUUGAUGGUGUUCCAUUUGGGGGUCCAAGACCAGGGAUACCAGAAGGAUUUGAUCCCAGUCUGUUUGGACCUGGACCUGGACCUGGUGGGAAUGGUUUUCCUCCCAUUGUAGGAGGUACAGGAAUAGAUGGACCAGGAAUUGGUGGAGGUGUUGCAACAUUAAAUCAGACAAUCGACAUUUGCAAACAAUACCCGAAUCUUUGUCUAAAUGGACGGUGUAUUCCCAACCUUAACAGCUACAGAUGUGAGUGCAACAUGGGAUACAAACAAGAUACUCACACAGAAUGUAAUGAUGUUGAUGAGUGCACAUCAAGCCCAUGUACUAAUGGUGAUUGUGUAAAUACACCUGGAUCCUAUUUCUGUAAGUGCCAUUCUGGCUUCCAGAGAACUCCCACCAAACAAGCUUGUAUUGAUAUUGAUGAGUGCAUUCAAAAUGGCAUUCUCUGCAAACAUGGCCGAUGUGUAAACACCAUGGGAAGCUUCCAGUGUAUCUGUAAUGCCGGCUUUGAGCUGACUGCUGAUGGAAAGAACUGUGCAGAUCAUGAUGAAUGUGCUACAACAAAUAUGUGUUUAAAUGGUAUGUGUAUAAAUGAGGAUGGCAGCUUCAAGUGCAUCUGUAAACCGGGAUUUGUUCUGGCUGCCAGUGGACGUUAUUGUACCGACGUUGAUGAGUGUCUUACUCCGGGCAUCUGUAUGAAUGGUCAUUGUAUCAACACAGAGGGGUCUUUCCGCUGCGAUUGCCCACCAGGUUUGGCUGUUGGGGUAGAUGGACGUGUAUGUGUUGACACUCACAUGCGUAGCACUUGUUAUGGCGCUAUCAAGAAAGGUCUCUGUGUCCGUCCAUUUCCGGGAGCUGUGACCAAAUCUGAGUGCUGCUGUGCCAACCCAGACUACGGGUUCGGAGAACCGUGCCAACCGUGUCCACCACGUAACUCUGCUGAAUUUCAUGGGCUCUGCAGCGGAGGAAUUGGCAUCACUGUUGAUGGAAGAGACAUCAAUGAAUGUGCUCUGGAUCCUGACAUCUGUUCCAAUGGAAUUUGUGAAAACUUACGAGGAGGCUUCCGUUGUAAUUGCAACAGCGGCUAUGAAUCAGAUUCUUCAGGAAGAAGUUGUGUGGACAUUGAUGAAUGCUUACUGAAUAGAUUGCUGUGUGACAAUGGCCUCUGCAGAAACACUCCUGGGAGUUACAGUUGCACAUGUCCCAAAGGCUACAUAUUCAAGACCAGUACUGAGACCUGUGAAGACAUAAAUGAAUGUGAAAGUAACCCAUGUGUUAAUGGAGUGUGUAGAAAUAUUGUUGGUUCCUUUCACUGCGAGUGUUCUCCUGGCAGUAAGCUGGAUUCCACCUCUCGCAUUUGCAUAGAUAGUCUCAAGGGAACAUGUUGGCUCAAUAUUCAGGAUGAUCGCUGUGAGGUCAAUAUUAAUGGAGCAACUCUAAAGUCCGAAUGCUGCGCUAGUCUGGGAGCUGCGUGGGGAAGUCCUUGUGAAAGAUGCGAAAUAGAUACAGCCUGUCCCCGUGGAUUUGCAAGAGUCAAAGGGGUCUCAUGUGAAGAUGUCAAUGAGUGUAAAGUGUUUCCAGGUGUAUGUCCCAACGGGCUGUGCAUCAAUACUCAGGGAUCUUUCCUCUGCGAUUGUCCUGGUGGGUUCACAUUGGAUGGAACAGGCAGAGUUUGCCUAGAUUUACGUAUGGAGCAGUGUUUCCUAAAAUGGGAUGAAGAUGAAUGUGUCCAGCCUAUUCCUGGCCGGUUCCGUCUGGAUGCCUGCUGCUGUGCUGUAGGAGCAGCCUGGGGCUCAGAGUGUGAGGAGUGUCCACAGCCUGGUUCUAACGAAUAUAAUCUGUUGUGUCCCAGAGGUCCAGGCUUUACCAAUAGAGCAGAUGUUUUAUCGGGGAGACCUUUCUACAAAGAUAUAAAUGAAUGUAAAGCUUUCUAUGGGAUAUGUACUAACGGGAAAUGCAGAAAUACAAUUGGUAGCUUCAAGUGUAAAUGUAACAAUGGAUUUGCUUUGGACAUGGAAGAAAGAAAUUGCACAGACAUUGAUGAGUGCCGUAUCUCUCCUGAUCUGUGCGGAAGUGGAACUUGUGUCAAUACUCCCGGCAGCUUUGAAUGCGAGUGCUUCGAAGGCUUCGAAAGUGGCUUCAUGAUGAUGAAGAACUGCAUGGACAUAGACGAAUGUGAACGGAACCCUUUGCUUUGCAGGGGUGGAGAAUGUGUGAACACUGAGGGCAGUUUUCUAUGCAACUGUCCCCUUGGACAUGAACUCACGCCAUCAGGAGAUGCCUGUGUAGAUGUGAAUGAGUGCUCUCUCAGUGACAGUCUAUGCAGGAAUGGAAAGUGUGUGAACAUGAUUGGCACAUACCAAUGCUCCUGUAACCCAGGGUAUAUAUCUACCCCAGAUAGACUGGGCUGCAUAGAUAUUGACGAGUGUCAGAUAACUAAUGGUGGAUGUGACACCCACUGUGAAAACUCAGAAGGCAGCUAUACAUGCAGCUGCCUGGAUGGGUAUGCUUUACUGCCAGACUCAAGGACCUGUGGAGAUAUCGAUGAGUGUGAAGACAGCCCAGAUAUUUGUGAUGGAGGACAAUGUACCAACAUCCCAGGAGAGUACCGCUGCCUCUGCUAUGAUGGAUUUAUGGCGAGUGUGGACAUGAAAACAUGCAUAGAUGUGAAUGAAUGUGACAUUAAUUCAAACAUCUGCAUGUUUGGUGAAUGUGAGAACACCAAAGGAUCAUUUGUGUGUCACUGUCAGGUUGGGUAUUCAGUGAAAAAGGGAACAACUGGAUGUACAGAUGUGGACGAGUGUGAAAUUGGCGCACACAACUGUGAUCUGCAUGCUACAUGUCUCAAUGUACCAGGCAGUUUUAAAUGUUCCUGUAAGGAAGGCUGGAUUGGAAAUGGUAUCACAUGUAAUGACCAUGAUGAAUGCUCCAAUGGAACUCACAGAUGCAGCAUUUCAGCCCAUUGCUUAAACACUCCUGGAUCGUACCGGUGUGCCUGCAUUGAAGGUUAUACUGGCGAUGGAUUUAGAUGCUCAGAUAUUGAUGAGUGUGCAGAAAAUAUCAACCUGUGUGAGAACGGACAAUGUCUAAAUGUCCCUAGCUCAUAUAGAUGUGAUUGUGAGAUGGGCUUCACUACAGCUCCGGACGGCAAGUCCUGUCAGGAUAUCAAUGAGUGUUAUUUUGAGAAUAUUUGUGUAUUUGGGACCUGUCGGAAUCUUCCAGGAAUGUUCCAAUGUGUCUGUGAUGAUGGUUAUGAGUUGGACCGCACUGGAGGAAAUUGCACUGAUGUGGAUGAAUGUGCAGAUCCAAUCAAUUGUGUUAAUGGCUUUUGUGUCAAUUCCCCUGGGAGCUAUGAAUGUAAUUGUCCACCUGACUUCCAGCUUAACCCAACCGGUGUCGGCUGUGUAGAUACGCGAGUGGGAAAUUGUUAUCUGAACCAUGGACCUCGCGGUGAUGGAACCAUCUCCUGUAGUACAGAGAUUGGUGUUGGCGUCAGCCGCUCAUCAUGCUGCUGCUCUCUAGGAAAGGCAUGGGGGAACCCAUGUGAAAUAUGCCCACCUGUUAACAGCUCUGAAUAUAAUACAUUGUGUCCUGGGGGAGAAGGAUUCAGACCCAACCCCAUCACCAUCCUUUUAGAAGAUAUUGAUGAGUGCCAAGAGUUACCAGGUCUGUGCCAAGGUGGUAACUGCAUUAAUACAUUUGGAAGCUUCCAGUGUGAGUGUCCACCAGGCUACUACCUCAGUGACGAAACGCGCAUAUGUGAAGAUAUCGAUGAAUGUUUCACAAAUCCAGGGGUCUGUGGACCAGGAACAUGCUACAAUACCUUGGGAAACUUUACAUGCAUAUGCCCUCUGGAGUAUAUGCAGGUCAACGGUGGACAUACUUGCAUGGAUAUGAGAAAGAGCUACUGCUACCGGACUUACAAUGGGACUAUGUGUGACAAUGAACUGCCCUUUAACAUCACAAAAAAGAUGUGCUGCUGCACGUAUAAUAUUGGCAAAGCCUGGAGUAAGCCUUGUGAACCGUGUCCAGUUCCCGGAUCAGUUAAUUUCAAAAAUCUCUGUGGAUCGAUCCCUGGCUUCACCUUUGAUAUACAUACCGGAAAAGCUGUUGACAUUGACGAAUGUAAAGAGAUCCCUGGAAUCUGUGCAAAUGGAGUUUGCAUCAAUCAAAUUGGCAGUUUCCGCUGUGAAUGUCCAACAGGAUUCAGCUACAAUGAUUUACUUUUGAUUUGUGAAGACAUCGAUGAAUGCAGCAAUGGAGACUAUUUCUGCCAGAGAAAUGCAGAUUGCUUAAACAGUCCUGGCAGCUACCGCUGUGAAUGUUCUGCUGGAUUCAAGCUCUUGCCCAAUGGGGCUUGCAUUGAUCGGAACGAAUGUCUGGAAAUUCCUAAUGUUUGCAGUCAUGGCACAUGUGAGGACACUCAGGGCAGUUACCGCUGCAUAUGCAACAAUGGGUUCAAGGUGUCCCGAGAUCGCACUAUGUGCAUGGAUAUUGAUGAAUGUGAGCGUCAGCCAUGUGGAAACGGAACCUGUAAAAACACAGUGGGAUCCUAUAACUGUCUCUGCUAUCCUGGGUUUGAGCUCACUCAUAAUAAUGACUGUAUGGAUAUUGAUGAAUGUGUCUCCUAUUAUGGCCAGCGGUGCAGGAAUGGACGUUGCUUCAAUGAAAUUGGAUCAUUCAUCUGUUUAUGUGAUGAAGGUUAUGAACUUACUGUUGAUGGAAAGAAUUGUAUUGACAUAAACGAGUGCGUUGCUUAUCCUGGCUCAUGUUCUCCUGGGUCCUGUCAGAACUUGGAAGGCUCGUUCCGGUGUAUAUGUCCUGUGGGAUAUGCCGUCCAAGCUGAUAACUGUCUAGAUAUUGAUGAAUGUAAUGAAGACCCCAAUAUCUGUCUUUUUGGAACCUGUGCGAACUCACCAGGAAGCUUUCAGUGUAUUUGCCCACCAGGGUUUGUUUUAUCAGAUAACGGGAGAAGAUGCUUUGAUACUCGUCAAAGCUUCUGUUUUACCAAAUUUGAAAAUGGGAAAUGUUCAGUCCCCAAAGCGUAUAACAGCACUAAAGCAACAUGUUGCUGCAGCAAAAUGCCUGGGGAGGGCUGGGGAGAUCCCUGUGAACUCUGCCCAAAGGAAGGAGAAGUGACUUUUCAACAUUUAUGUCCGUUUGGACAUGGUACUAUUCCAGGUAUCGGAGACACUAGAGAAGAUGUCAAUGAAUGCAUUGAAAACCCAGGUAUUUGUGCAAAUGGACAUUGUAUUAAUACAGACGGAUCUUUUCGAUGCGAGUGUCCCAUGGGUUACAAUCUAGAUUAUACAGGAGUCAAUUGUGUAGAUACUGAUGAAUGCUCCAUUGGAAAUCCUUGUGGGAAUGGAACAUGUACUAAUGUCAUUGGUACUUUUGAGUGCUCCUGUGAAGAAGGAUUUGAACCAGGCCCAAUGAUGAACUGUGAAGAUAUCAAUGAAUGUGCGCUAAAUCCACUAUUAUGUGCAUUUAGGUGCAUUAACACUUAUGGUGCAUAUGAAUGUACAUGUCCUGUGGGCUAUGUUCUUAGAGAGGAUCAGAGGAUGUGUAAAGAUCUUGAUGAGUGUUUAGAGGGGCUCCAUGAUUGUGAAUCCAGAGGGAUGCUUUGUAAAAACCUUAUUGGUACCUUUAUGUGCAUUUGUCCUCCUGGAAUGACAAAACGGCCUGAUGGAGAGGGAUGUACAGAUGAAAAUGAAUGUCACAGCAAACCGGGUAUCUGUGAAAAUGGUCGUUGUGUCAAUUCCAUUGGAAGCUAUCGGUGUGAGUGUAAUGAAGGAUUUCAGUCUGUUUCAGGAACUGAAUGCCUAGACACACGCCAGGGAUUCUGCUUCUCAGAAGUUCUGCAAACAAUGUGUCAGAUGUCGUCCAGCAAUCGCAAUCAUGUGACUAAAUCUGAAUGUUGCUGCAAUGGAGGUAGAGGCUGGGGCAACCAGUGUGAGAUCUGCCCACUGCCGGGUACCACUCAAUUUAAGAAACUUUGUCCACACGGACCAGGAUACACAACUGAUGGGAAAGACGUAGAUGAAUGUAGAGUGAUGCCAAACCUCUGUCGCAAUGGACAAUGUGUCAACAAUAUUGGCUCUUUUAGAUGUUUUUGUAAUUUUGGCUACACGCCUGACAUCGAGGGAACAUCAUGUGUUGAUCUUGAUGAGUGCUCUCAGUCCCCCAAGCCGUGUAAUUUUAUCUGUAAGAACACAGAAGGCGGAUACCAGUGCUCAUGUCCACGGGGUUAUAUUCUGCAAGAAGACGGGAAAACCUGCAAAGAUCUUGAUGAAUGUCAAACCAAACAGCACAACUGCCAGUUCCUCUGUGUCAACAAUAUUGGAAGUUUCAGUUGUAAAUGUCCUCCGGGCUUUACCCAGCAUCACACUGCUUGCAUUGAUACUAAUGAAUGCAGUUUACAGCCUAACUUAUGUGGUACUAAAGGAGUAUGCCAAAAUUCACCAGGCAGCUUCACUUGUGAUUGCCAAAGAGGAUUCUCUUUGGAUACAACUGGAGUAAACUGUGAUGAUGUUGAUGAGUGCGAUGGACAUCACAGAUGCCAGCAUGGGUGCCAGAAUAUAGUUGGCGGGUACCGUUGUAGCUGUCCACAGGGCUACGUUCAGCAUUACCAGUGGAACCAGUGUGUCGAUGAAAAUGAAUGUGCCGCACAAAACACGUGUGGCACUGCAUCAUGUUACAACACACUUGGCAGUUUCAAAUGUGCUUGUCCACCUGGAUUUACAUUCGACCAGUUAUCAACUUCCUGCCAUGAUGUGAAUGAGUGUACAUCAAAGAAUCCGUGCAAUUAUGGUUGCUCCAACACUGAUGGAGGCUAUCUCUGUGGAUGUCCUUCAGGAUACUUCAGAGUAGGACAAGGGCAUUGUGUCUCCGGCAUGGGUUUUAAUAGAGGACAGUAUUUGGCUACUGCCAGAGAAGAUAACGAGGAAAAUGAACUGUCACCAGAAACAUGCUAUGAAUGUAAAGUCAACGGUUACCCAAAGAAAACCGGAAGGGCAAAAAGAAGUUCUAACAACACACAAACUAUAAUGAAUGAACAUAUAAGUCUGAAGAGUCUCGCUAUGGAUGUACCACUGAAGAUAAUGCUUAACAGCUCUGAGUUAAACACAAAGAAACAUAUAGUGGAAAUUAUCCCGGCAAUUCAACCACUUAAUAAUCAUGUACGCUAUGUUAUCUCCCAAGGCAAUGAUACUGUCUUUCACAUCAACCAACGUGAUGGACUCAGUUACCUCCACACAGCUCGGAAGAAAAUCCUACCCGGAACUUAUACUCUAGACAUAACCAGUAUUCCCAUUUAUAGGAAAAGUGACUUCACUAAACUGGAAAAGAAACAUGAUGAAAACUACCUCCUAGGAGAGCUCGGAGAGACUCUUAGAAUGAGACUGCAGAUAGACAUCUCUUAAAUCUAAGAGAAAAUUAACUUUUAGACCAACCUAUCACAUCCACCCCUUUAUUUAUCUCUCUGAGCAUGUCUUCUUUUCUUGAAAGCUUUACGGAGUCAAUGACUAUUUUUAACAGACCACUUUUUUGUAUCACACAGGCACAAUGACUUUCAUGAAGAAUAAUGUAGAAAGUGUCAAUGUUUUACAUGUUUUUAUUUUAUAAAAUGUCAUAAAUGUCGUCUUUGGUUCUAAUAACUUAAAUAUAGCCUCCAAAAAUGAAAUCAGCACAGGUGUAAAGUUAAGGCAGUAUAUAGUUGUAACCCAAGUUAUUGUGCCAAUUAUAGAUAUAAGAAAACAAGGGUAAUUUUCUAUUAAAAUCUACAAGUAUUGAUUUAAAAUCUGAUUUAAAAUUAAAUAAAUUGGAACAAAAAUAUUGUAAUUAAUACAAUUU